AUGGCCAGCAGGUCUCAAAUGGCGAAGAAGAAAAGUAAGGCGCAGCAGCAAACUGGAUCGCCAGCAAUCUUCGAUCGCAGACAUUCGAUCAGUGCAGCCGGAGUACCCUCUCCUAAAUCCCUCCCAGGCACCUUUGGGACAGGGGCGAGGGUGGGCGGGAAGAACGCGACGGACAGGCAGUCUGGCAAAGAUUUGUCAAAUCACAACAAGUACUGCCACUUCUGUCAACAUGUCAAGGUUCGAUCAAGCAGCAUGCUUGCCUGCGGGAACUACGAGUGUAGCCGCAGAUACUGCGAGCAAUGCCUGUUGAUCCACCUCAACGAGAACGCAACCGAGCAGCCGAGCGAGGGUUGGUCGAUCGUUGCUGGCAAGUUGCGUUGGUUCUGCCCGAUCUGCCGGAACAAGUGCUGCUGCGCCAAGUCAGAAUGCUUCUCCAAUCAUCGCCAUUGCAAGGCUUUCCGCUACCGCCUCUGCCGCGCACAGAAGGCGCAGAAGCGCCUGUCCUCUCAGGGCGGCCCCUCGCGCAAAGCAAGGGCUGCCGACGGGAAACACAAGAUGCCCUUUGCUGUGAGCGUGGAGAGGUUGGGGACGGCGUCGAGCACUGAGAGGGAGGAAGAAGUGCGAGAAGAAUUGUGUGCAGCGAAUCCGUUCUUUGGACAGGAGCACGAGGAACCGUUGGACGAGGCCCUGGACUUCACCAGCAGCCUGUGCGGGGAUGGGAUGGCGAGGCCGAGCGAUACCCUGGAUGAGGGAAGUGAACUUAGGUUGUGGCAGGCGGGAGAAAUGAAGGAGGAGACUUGUCAAUCAGACAUCCUUAGCCUGGAGCAUGUGCUGCCAGGGGCGCUGGAGGGAACCGAGGCUGACGAGGACUUCGAGGAGGCAAGGUGGCUCAAGAGCACGUUGGAGGGGCUGGGAAGCUCGCCGUCCUGUUUCUUGGAGGAUGAGGGACUGAAGGAGGAGGCGGUGGAGGAGCCGGGGAUGAAGGAGCUGGGAAGUAGCUUCCUCGAGAGGUUCCAGAGCGAGCUGAAGCCUCGCAGAGGGUGUACGGUGAUCUACGAUUAUGUGUGA